GAAACAAUGGCGUUCUGUCUGAUGAAAUCACUGAGUCAGAAGUCUACGAACUCGCUGUCAGCAGCAUUGCGAUUGACAUCAUCGGAGUUAGUCGGAGCAAAAAGUGCUUUGUCUGCUCACGGUCUACUGUAUUCUACAAAGAGAGCCAAAAAAGAAGAGAUAAUCGCCGCCUAUGAGAUACCAGCUCCUCCUCCUCCUCUUGACGACGACAUUCCUACGUCAGGGAUAAGUCGUCCGAUAUCAGAAAUUCUUAAAGAACUGAAUAAGAAAGUUCCAGAUUCUCUCAUCAGAGCCCGUACAGAAGCCAAUGGUUUCUCUAUCAAAUAUAUUCCAUGGCAUAUCGUGAAUAGGAUUAUGAAUUUGCAUGCUCCAGAAUGGUCUGGGGAAGUCCGAAGGAUCGACUAUUCUGCAGAUGGGAAGUCUGUUUCCGUUACUUAUCGGGUAACAAUUUAUGGGACUGAUGCAGAGAUAUUUAGGGAGUCAACUGGAACUUCAUCAAUUGACGAGGUAGGUUAUGGUGAUCCAGUGCAGAAGGCCGAAGCCAUGGCAUUCCGUCGAGCUUGUGCCCGUUUUGGUCUUGGGCUUCAUCUUUAUCAUGAGGAGUUGUAACCCUAUCAAGACUUGCUAGUAAUUUGUAGGUAACAUCCUGCUAGCAGGUUAUGCCAUUACCACAUUUUUGGGUGCUUAUUUGCAGGCGUUGAAGUUUCCAGGGAUCUUCUCGGAAAAAAACAUCUUUGUAUCUUGAGAGGGGUAAGGUUUGCACACAUUUUAUCCUUCCAAAUACUACCUCCAGGUGGGAUAUGCUUGGUUUGUUUGGUUUGUCGACUCUUUGUUACCUUCACUAUUUCAAUAGGUAUCAUUGAGCACAUUCUGUAGCCCCUUUAACCAACACGCUGUAUUUUCUAGACUAACUAGACUUAUGAAAUGCAACUAAUUCUAUCCGGUUCAGUUUUGGUUGAAACAAGAAUAUGAUCCAUCCCUA